AUGGAUCACGAACCUAGUACCACAAGAAGUGACCUGGAGAGCAUGCUACUUGAUGAAGCAUCGGAGCCCAAGGCCCAUCCAUUAUCAAUUUUGGCAGAAAUUACAAAUGAUUUCCCUGAUAAGCAGGAAAUUGACGGAGGUGGUUUUGCGGUGCUAUGUAAGGUAUGUACAGAGAAAAAUCUCCGAUGUGGGGUCUCAUCGGUGACUAUGAUUCUCUGUGUUUUGUUGGAUCAGAUCACAGCAGGGAUGUAUAUUAUUGACUUGAUAUGUUCCCUGGAUGCUCAUCCAACAGAGCCAUGGAAGCAGUGGGUGCUGGCUGGGACAUCUGAUGGCUUCGUCCAUGUGUACCACUGCGACUUUGUAACAGAACCGCAAAAGAUCACGAGUUUCAGUGCAAGCAGCUUUGAUUCACUAGCCGUUCAUUCAAGCAAGCCCUAUGUGUUUUCAUCAGGGUGGGGCAUGACGCUUUGGGACUGGGACAAGGGCUGGCAGUGCGCACACGAUUUUGACUGUGUCGCAAAUAAAGUUGCAUUUAACCCACAAGACGCCAACAGUUUCGCGAGUGCGGCGUAUGGUGCAAAUGCAGAGAUUUGGAGCCUUGAUUCCGGUUGCCAAGAAUAUGAUCUCCCUGGGCAUUCCAAGGGUGUGAACUGCCUUGAUUUUUUCACACGUGAUGGUCGACAGUAUUUGAUCACUGGUUCUGAUGAUUGUACUGCCAAGAUAUGGGACUUGCAGAACAAGUCCUGCAUUCAUACACUGGAAACUAUGUCUCCAGUUACAUCUGUCGUUUCCCUUCCAGAUGCUCCGUAUCUGAUUACAGGAUCAAAAACUCACAUUGUUCAUGUGUGGAGCUCAACUGAUUUCCGGUUGGAGAGAAUUGUUAACAUUGGCGGUGGCAUGUGGAGUGGAAGUGAUGAUUUGGGACAUGUUCACAGUCUUGGCAUAGUAUAUUCUCUGGCAGAGUUAUUAUUGGACAAGAAUUUGCAAUAUCAAUCAUGCAUAUCGAUGACAACUAAGAAGCAAGAAAGUUUCUAG